CAGACAAUGAGGGACGAGAGUGGACUCGGACAAUGAUUGCCAAUUGAUUUCGUCUUUCAGUCUGGUACAUGAACUCUUCAUGAUGACUUUGGAGAGCUUCGAUGGUCUCUUUUCCAGUUUUAUUGUCCAAUCUCCCGCCAUUCCUUGAACCCUUCGCUGUUCCGCCGGCGGCAUGAAGCUCCCAUACUCUCGUCCUGUGCUUGUCGCAAGCCAGAUUGCGGGACAGUUCAGAGGGCCACGUUUUUAUACUGCCAUCUCUAAUCGACUUUCCCGUUCUUCCCUUCCACUCGGUCGACCAAUACAACAAUGGCAGUCAUGUAGAACCGUCGCCGAUACCACAGCAGCCUCGAAGGCAAAUAUUGCACAGCAAGCUCAGGGAAAUCUCUCAGACAGCGAUAUUCCCCUGUCCGACCAAGUCCGCCUGUUAAUGAGACGAGUGCCUUAUCCGGUUGCCAUCAUCACCGCCACCGAUCCUCAUGGCCCCAUCGAUAAAGCCUUUCGAGGAAUGACCGUUUCCUCCUUCAAUACAGUAUCGCUCAAACCGGAGCCGGUUAUUUCGUUCAAUGUGAAACGACCGUCUGAAACGUUGAACGCACUCAAACCCUCCGGACGAUUUCUCGUGCACCUCUUGUCGCCCCUGCAAACGACAGCCGCCCUUGCUCGAGACUUUUCCAAGGGUAACCAUAACCUGACCCUUCUAAACGGAGAGGGAGACUUCGAAUUUGCUUCGCAUGCACCCAGUGACGACAUGGAGUCUGCUAGACCACUCCCCGUUCUCCAGAAGAGGGCCCAGUCUACAGGAAACACCGAAGCCGAAUUGGUGGACUUCCCUUUCGUGUUAGAAUGCACACUCAAGCCCCAAGAGAUUGAGGUGAACGACCACACAAUUGUCCUCGGAAGUGUCGUAAAGACACUCCCCGGACGCCCCUUGAGCAUUGAUAUGAAGGACAACAAGGCCAGCUCAGCAUCUGAUCUGUGUCUUACCUACGCCGACACUCGAUUUUGGGAAAUGGGCCACAAAAUCUAGCAUCCAGAGCUUUUCUCCACGAAACAGGCCUAUUCUUUUUGAAAUAAACCCCACUAAUAAAGUGGGAUUGAAUGCAUGAGAUGUCUCUUUUAUAGGCUCUCGAAUCCAGUCAGUCAUCUAUGGACUGAAGAGAGCUCUUCAUUUAUGACACCAUGUGGGCAGCUGGCAGGUCCACUGGUCAACUUGUACAAUAUGAUGGGUUAGAAGCCAUUGGCGAGGGAUGAAGGAGAGGUUAGAUUCACUUGUAUCUAUAAACAUAAUAAAUACAUAACAAUAUGAAAUGCCAUGCAGGUAUAGGAUAUAUGUACGUAUCUUGCCUUGCCAUGAUAUAUCUCCC